AUUACUCUGACUUCCAUCCUUCCGGGACAAUUCUGCUCGGUCAGAGGGGGUUUCCUGUAACUGCUGCUGGCCUGGCUGGACAGAGCAGCGCUGUGGGGAGCCAAUGGGGUAGCACCCUAAGGGAGGAGUAUUUGUAGAUCGCGAUGUCUCACUUCUUCCAGGCCCUGUGCAAUAAACCCACAGCAAGGACGGGCGGGCCAGGCGUUAAAGAGAAGGACUUGCACCAAUGGGGUCUGACAGGUAUCCAACUCCGUUCCUACCAAAUGGAAGGAGUAAAGUGGCUAGUUCAGUGCUACGACAUUCAGCACGGCUGCAUCCUGGGUGACGAGAUGGGUCUUGGAAAGACUUGUCAGACUAUCGCUCUGCUUGUUUAUUUGACUGGAAAGUUAAACAAAAGGCCAUUUCUGAUUCUUUGUCCUCUAUCUGUGUUGAGCAACUGGAAGGAGGAGCUGGAGAGAUUUGCUCCAGGUCUUUCCUAUGUGGCAUAUGCAGGAGACAAGGAGGAAAGGGCCAAGCUGCAGUGGGACCUGAAAGCGCAUUCUCAUUUCCACGUGCUGUUAACUACAUAUGAGAUUUGCCUGAAAGAUGGAGCAUUUCUAAAAUUUUUUAACUGGGCUGCCCUGGUUGUGGAUGAAGCUCAGAGACUGAAAAACCAGAAUUCACUGCUGCACAAGACCCUUUCAGAGUUUUCAGUGGGCUUCAGUCUCCUCCUCACCGGGACUCCUGUUCAGAACAAUCUCCAGGAGCUGUACUCCCUACUCAGUUUUAUUGAGUCUGACAUCUUUCCUAAAGAGCAAGUGGAAGAGUUUGUUCAGUGUUACCAUGGGAUUGAAAAGGAGAGCAAGUCAGCCAAAGAACUGCACAGUCUUCUGCAACCCUUCUUGCUUAGGAGGGUAAAGGCUGAGGUCGCGGCAGAGCUGCCUAAGAAGGUGGAAGUGGUUCUGUAUCAUGGGAUGUCAGCCCUGCAGAGAAAAUACUACAAGGCUAUUUUGAUGAAAGAUCUAGAUGCAUUUGAAAAUGAAGCAGGGAGGAAGGUUAAACUUCAGAAUGUCUUAAUUCAGCUUCGAAAGUGUGUAGCCCAUCCAUACCUGUUCAGUGGUGUCGAACCAGAGCCCUUUGAAAUUGGAGACCACCUCAUCGAAGCCAGUGGGAAGCUGUGCUUGUUAGACAAACUCCUUUCUUUCUUGUAUGCCGGUGGUCAUCGGGUCUUGCUGUUUUCUCAGAUGACUCGGAUGCUGGAUAUUCUGCAAGACUACAUGGACUAUAGAGGCUACAGCUAUGAGCGGCUGGAUGGAUCUGUCAGAGGGGAAGAGAGGCACCUGGCCAUUAAGAAUUUUGGUCAGCAGCCCAUUUUUAUUUUCCUGCUGAGCACCAGGGCAGGUGGCGUCGGCAUGAAUCUAACUGCAGCGGAUACAGUUAUUUUUGUUGACAGUGAUUUUAACCCACAAAAUGACUUGCAAGCCACAGCGAGAGCUCACAGGAUUGGCCAGAACAAGCCUGUAAAAAUUAUCCGCUUGAUUGGACGGGACACUGUAGAAGAAAUAAUCUACCGUCGAGCUGCGUCAAAGCUCCAGUUUACAAACACCGUUAUCGAAGGGGGGCAGUUUGCUCUCAGAGUACCCAAGUGCCAGGAAGCAGCAGACAUGCAGCUGAGUGAAAUCCUGAAGUUUGGUUUGGAUAAGCUGCUCUCUUCAGAGGGGAGCACCAUCCAGGAUGUGGAGCUGGAAAAUAUCCUUGGAGAGACAAAAGAAGGAAUGUGGGUAAUGGAUGUUGUGCUACCAAGUGAAGAAGAAAGCGGAGAGCAAGAUACAGAAAAUCAUAUGUACCUCUAUGAAGGCAAAGAUUAUUCGAAAGACCCGAGCAGAGAAGACAGAAGAGCAUUUGACCAGCUUUUGGAUCUUCAGAAAGUCCUUGAAGAGACCAGUCAAGAAGGAAGAGCCCUCCGAAAUAAAGCAAAUGUACUUGUCACGGGUCUUCAGGAGGUGCCUACAAGGAGGAAGCAUGCACUGAGCCCAGAAGAGCUGGAGGCCAGGAGGAGGAAACGACAGGAGGCAGCAGCAAAGAGAGCACGGCUCAUGGAAGAAAAGAAACAGAAGCAAGCAGAAGCUGAACACAAGAAAAAGAUGGCGUGGUGGGAGGCAAAUCACUACAGAUCCCCCUGUCUGCCCUCAGAGGAGAGCGACUCAGAGGAUGCCUUUGAGGAGGGGGAGGACAGGCUGGUUGUGGAGUUGGAUGACACAGACCCAGAGCUGAACUCCAUCAAGUAUGUGAUGGGUGACGUUACCCACCCCAGAGCCGAAGAGGAGGAUGCGAUCAUCGUCCAUUGCAUAGAUGAUUCUGGCCGAUGGGGAAGGGGAGGAUUAUUUACAGCUCUGGAGGUUCGUUCUGAUCAGCCCAGGAAAAUAUACGAGCUGGCAGGAAGGAUGAAAGAUGUGGCAUUGGGAAGAACCCUCUUAUUCCCCAUUGAUGAUAAAGAAUCCAGAAAUAAAGGCCAGGACUUGUUGGCCCUGAUUGUAGCACAGCACCGGGAUCGGUCCAACAACUUGUCUGGCAUUAAGCUGUCGGCUUUGGAAGAUGGCUUAAAGAAGAUCUAUUUAGCAGCCAAGAAAAGGAAUGCAAGCGUCCAUCUUCCACGUAUUGGACAUGCAACUAAGGGAUUUAACUGGUACGGUACUGAGCGGCUCAUCCGAAAAUAUUUGUCAACGAGAGGAAUCCCCACGUUUAUAUACUACUUCCCUAGGAAUAAAGCCUCUUCCUCUUCUUCACAACCAUCUACAACUUCAAUGACAACCUCAAACCCUUGAAGUUCCAAUGAUUUAACUCAGAAGUGUACUGAUCUCUAGAAGCCCAUGAUCUCUUCAACAUCACAUCUACAGCCAGCCUGAAUUUACGUCGCUUCUCUGAAGCAGAUCCAAAGUCACUGUUGGUUUUCAGAUUUCUAUACCUCUGUAGUUCCGAGUGGUUUUUAUAUUAGUUAUGGAACUGAGCUGCGUUCAAACUUCUUCAAACUUCAGGAAAUACAUGUAUCUGGGGUGUUUGUUUGGGCCCAUGUCUAAUUUUUAAGAUGGAAAAUUAAACCUUCACUAAAGACCAAUCUUAAGCCCUUAUUUUAAGCCACCAUCUUAAAUUAUUCUCAGGGUUUGCAGUACAGUUUUGUUUGACUUUUGCUUCAAAACCUUAUCUCUUGUUUACAACACUGAUUUUUCUGCUGGUUGUUUGGUGGCUGCUUGAGACAGUUUGGGUGGGUGGGGCUGUAGCUAUCCCUAACAAAUAUGUAGACACACACAUUAUGUGUGUGUGUGUGUGUGUGUAUAUAUAUGUAUAUGUGUGUGUGUAUAUAUACAGAGAGAGAGAGAGAGAGAGAGGAUUGUUUCAAGCAACCGCCAAAGGGCCAGCAAAAAAAUUCAUUCAUGUAAACGAGAGAUAAAGUCUAAUGAUAAAACUUCUUUCUUUGGUGAGGGAGGUGUCUGCGGCAAAAACUCAACAGAACACACCCUUAAUGUAAACAGCCCCAACUCCAAAGAAACCCAUUUUAAUGAUGUUUCUUCAAACAGAAAAUUCUAAGUUAGAACUAGUUGCACAGUGACAUGUUUGCAACCAAGCAGUAUCCAUCUAACCAAUAUCCUUUGCCAGGACACACAAGUCUGACAGAAUCUGAGGUGGUCUUUAUAAGAGACACCUUUCUUCCUCCCACUACUGCUCUUUAUUAUAGAAUGCUUGGAUUGUUGCUCCUGUCAGGCAAAGCUGGUUUCCUUAUGCUAUUCUAAAGGUUUUGUGAUCUUUUGGUCCAAUUACAGAAAAAAAAGUGAAUGCAAAAUGUUAUUUUCUUACUGGCUUUGCUCUGUACGGCACAGUAAAACCUUUCUGACUAUAAUGUUUUUGGCACCAUGUAACACACUUGCUGGGUAUCGCCAGUCAGCAGUAGUGUCCCUAACAAAUGAUUCAGUCAGAGAGGCUGUGAACAGGCAUCACUGGUGAUCUGUUCGGCUUCUCAAAGAAAGUGCACUGCAGCCCAUGGAAAGCAUGUGCUUAAAUAUGUUACUGCAUAUAUACGCUCUGCUGAAUGUAACACUGUAAUAGCACCAUGUGGUGACUCUCAAUAAUGUUACUGAGCCUGAUUCUGGCACCCUUCUUCCCAUUGACAACUACUUUCCUUCACAAGCAGCCUUACUGAGAUUUUACAUAUGUGCGCGCGCGCACACACACACACACGUUCUGAUCACUCAACUCUCGUUAAAACCAAUGGGAGUUAAAGGAGCUCAGUUCCUCGCAGGAUCAGGCCUUUAGGAACCAACCCUAUCAGUUCUUAUGUGAACAGCCCUUACUUACAUGGGUAAGAGUUUGCACGAUCAGGGCCUUACGUUGUAAAGCUCUUGGAGAUGAAAGGUGCUAUUUAAAUGUAUGUUACCUUCUUUUCAUUGAUAUGAACAACUGGCAUUCUCUGAACUGGCCAGCUGGUGGCACUGUUAACUAUCUCAAGCAACACAUGUUGCUCUUAGGCUGGUUUCAAAGAGCACGGAAAUGUUCUGCACCAGUAUAGAAAAAUGUUCUGUUUUGCCCGAAUUAAAAUAUAAAUAUUGUUUUUCA